AUGUUCGUCACCGACCUCCCUGUUCUCGUCCCCCGUGCCGACGCCUCUCUCAACGGCACCCGAGGCAGCGACGGUUGUCUCAUUUGCUCCAACCUCCCUACCACCUGCUCCGGCUGCAAGUCCACCGAGACAUGCACGAGGAUCAACCGUGACUGCAACCAAUGCCCCGUCCCAUAUUGCAUGCCCAUUUCCCAGCAAAGCUCCAGCAGUUCCUCUGGAGUCAGCAAGGGCGCCGUUGCCGGUGCGGUCGUGGCCGUUAUCCUUGUCCUGGCAGCCACCGUCGCCGGUUUCUUCUGGUACCGUCGGCGGAAGAGCAUGAUGGCGGCUGCGGAGACCGAAGGCAAGCCUGACGUACCAGCCCGUGCAGAGGACGUUCUCAACAGGCCCGAUCCCAACGAGAAGCCCAAUUCUCCGCCUACUCAUCUCGACUCCAUCAGAAUCUACUCUCCCAACAUCCAGAACACAAUCAACCUGGACCCCGCUGCGUCCCAGGCCGUUCAUUCGCAGGCGGCCCCGGACAUGUCCUCCCACUCCAACCCCUUCGAGGACACCCACUCGAUCCAGACCACCUCCACCGGCACUCAGUCGAACGUGAUCCCCAUCGCCCUCGUCGCCCCAGGCUCCGUCCGCUCCGGCGCUACUGGUUCAACGCAGUCCCACGAGCGUGAGGCUGCGCAAGCUGCUGCCAAUGCGCGCGUCAACAUGAACCUUGACCAUAUCAACGUCUCUGAAGACUCCGUCGCUCGCAACGUGCCCUUCGCCGGAAACAACCGCAGCUCGUACAUGACCACUGGCAGCUUUGCGAGCGAAUUCCUCGAGACCUCGGUUAUCGUCACCCCUACCCGCGGUACUGUCAAGCAGGUCGUUGGCGUCGCUAAGGCCGAGGUUAUGCGCGCUCCGGAGAGUCUUAGCCGCUCGUCCACUUUAACCAAACCCGCGCGCUCUCCCCUGGCGGCCGCCAGCUUCGGCCCAGCGGAUGUCAUGCGAGAGGAGCAGGAGGUUGUCGUUCACUCGAACCCCUUCGCAGACGGCAACUCUCCUUACGGGCAAGGCAGCUCUCCUGCCCCUUCAACGGCGACCUUCGGCAGUCCCGAGCCGUCCUAUGCUAACAGCAACCGCACGGAUUCCCGAGGCGAGUCCCACUGGCUCCAGGAGGACCCUUCGCACCUCUACAUCGACGAGCGCCCUGCUAGUGUUUACACUCAGGCCUCGGCCAUCGUUGCGGAUAUCAGCAACGCUCGUCGCGUGCACCUCGGCUUCGACCAGAUUUCUCAGAUGCCGGUCACUCCCGUCAGCGCGGCUCUCAGCACUCCUCGUACGCCGUACCGCUUGACUAGCGCCAAGCUUGUGACGCCGGUUGUUCACCAGAGCGCCGCCCUCGAGACCGGCAACAGCGGCUCCGUGGGUGGUUUCGAGCGGCAGCAGGCUCGUGCGCUCAAGGAUCUCCACGCGGAGUCAGGCAAACGCGUGUCCAUGUCUUCGGUCAUCACUACCUCCACCCGCGCCGACUCCAUCCUCGAGAGCUUCCCCUUCGUUCCCCCAUCGCCGAUAUCGAACCUACCUCCCCGGACUCCCCCUCGUUCGCCGCUCGCUCAGCAAACGUUCGGUGACGAGCACUCGCAGUCCGCGCGCGAGAUGGUCAACCGGGCUCGCGCAUCCGCCUCGUCCCACAGCACGCUCGGCAGCCUCGUUCCCCCUAACCGCAAGACCCACGGUCAGGGUGCCCCCUCUCAAAGUUCCACGAUGAGCAACGGGCUUGGCGCAUAUGCCUUCCAGAUUGACACAGGCGCGUCCUCCGAGGCGAGCAGCACUGCGCCGUCCUCGUUCAACAACAAGGGCGGCGACAACUCGCAGCGGAAGCGCGCAAGCUUGGACACGCUUGCGCUGACGAGCGACUUGUCGUCGUACCCCCUGGGCUUCGACAAGCCGCCCGUACCUCCCGUCCCCCGGCGGUGA